AUGAUCAUUCGGAAAUCCAUACAGCUAGUAAAGAACUGCGACAAAUGCCAAAAGCACGCCAACAUCCACCAAGCCGCCCCGUACCAGCUCAGCAUUAUAUCAGCAGAACGGCCAUUCGGUACCUGGAGAAUCGACCUCGUCGGGCCCUUUCCUACGGCACCCGACCAACUCCGGUAUCUCAUUGUCGCCAUAGACUAUUACACUAAAUGGAUCGAGGCCAAACCCCUGGCCUCCAUCACGACAACCCAAUGCCAAAAAUUCCUCUGGCGACAGAUCAUAACCCGGUUUGGAAUCCCCGAGGUCGUCAUCUCGGACAAUGGAACCCAGUUCACCGAUAGAAAAUUCAGAGAAUUCCUAGAAGGGCUACACGUAUCCCACCGUUUCAGUUCGGUAGAGCACCCCCAAAUAAACGGGCAGGUAGAAUCCGCAAAAAAAAUAAUCGUCAAAGGACUCAAGAAGUGGCUCGACAAGGCCAAGGGACUAUGGGCCGACGAACUCGGAUCAGUCUUAUGGUCAUAUCGAACAACCCCCCAAACGACCACGGGGGAAACCCCUUUCCGAUUAACAUACGGCGUGGAGGCCGUCAUCCCGGUGGAGAUAAGAGACGCAAGCCCAAGAAGAACGGUCGUAGGUAACGACGAGGAAGCAGAAUGA